AUGCCAGCGACUAGGGGUAUUUUCGGUCUUAAUGAUGAAGCGUGGACUAAAUGGGAAACAGAACAGCUGGAGGCAAAGCCAGAAGUCAGAGACAGGUUUAUGGCUAUUCGUAAAACGCCGUAUACUUUCUGGCCGAUAGAUGCCGGUGGGGACAGUAGUAAUCCUCGCUGGAUGGUAGCUGUUCUUUACGCAGUGCCGAGUUGGGAUAAAGAAGACCCUAAAAGUACCAAACCCAUUGAGAAUCCCUACGACCGGAUUAAAGAGAUGGCCGUCGUAGACCCUUCGUGGAAUGUUGACGACGGAGAAACAGCCGAUCAAAUUGUAUUCAAUAGGAUCAUCACUAUCGUGGAAGAAAUAGGCAUGGAAGUGGAGUCGUGGAUUGAAAAUCCGGUGCAGAUAUGGAUUCCCCCACAGAAUCCACCUGGCAUGGCUAAGAAUGACGAACAUUACGAUGGAUUUAGCUCCGGUUUACGUGCCUUCAGCAACAUCAAAGAAAUAAUCGAUCGUAUAACGUGGGCUUAUAGUAAAAGGCCUAAGAGAUAUGAGUAUGACGCUGUGUGGGGUGAUCUAACUGGCUUUUUUAAUCCCGAACGCGUGCGUAUGGAGAUGAUCGGGUUAGCAUCAAUGUCCGUGAACGAGGACAUGAAUUACCGCACACGGGUAGCCAUAGAGCCGAUCUUAAAACUAUUCUAUGGGAUAGAGGAAAAAGAAGUCCAGCCUCGGGCUUUGGCCCCUUUCGAUUCAUCGUACUAUCCUGAAUGGAAUUCAAGUGAACCCGGAUAUACUGAAAGUGGAGACCACCGCGCUUGGACUUCGGACGAGUUGCAUCAACGUCUUAUAGAGGCAGGCCGUGUAGAGGGCAAAGAGGGGAAUAUUAGUCAAGUAGGAGACACUGAUAGAGAGGAUAUAGAGGACGAGGGCCAACCGGAAGAACCAGAUGAAGAGAACCAACCAGAGGAACCAGAUGAAGGGAACCAACCGGAAGAACCAGAUGACGAGAACCAACCGGAAGAACCAGAUGAAGGGAACCAACCGGAGGAACCAUAUGACGAAGGCCAACCGGAGGAACCAUAUGAGGAGGAGGAGGACCAACCGGAAGAACCGUAUGAGGAGGAGGAGGACCAACCGGAAGAACCAGAUGAGGAGGAGGAGGACCAGGAGGGAACGAGAGAACCAGAAGAUAGUACGGGGGAAAAUAUUCAGCCAGUGGAUACAAGUUCUGUUGCUCCUACUCCUAUUCGUGCUCCUGUUGGUCCUACUCCUACCCCUACUCCGUCCAAACAUCAUGAAUCUGAGCUCGGAACCAUACAUGAACAGUCAACUCCUGACACUGGCUCUGGCUCUGAUUCAUCAUUGCCUACUGUUCAAGAAAUCUUUAAUACUCCACCAGUGAAAAAGCGAGCAAAAAAGCUGGCGAAGACUUCUGACACUGGCUCUGAGGACUUUGAUACCCCACCGGUAAAAAAGCGAGCAAAAAAGCUGGUGAAGACUUCUGACACUGGCUCUGAGGACUUUAAUACUCCACCGGUGACAAAAGAGGUGAAAAAGCGACCAAAAAAGCUGGUGAAUAAACAGGCGAAGGAAGAUUCUGGUGACAAAUCUGGCCCUAAAACACCCGGCGAUGAUACAGCUGGUAACCUUAACGUUACCUCUAUUCUCCCCGAGGGAUACACUGCUAUUCCAUUUUCCAUGGAUGUUUCUCUUGAACCCGGCGGUGGGGUGAUGACUUUCAAUGGUACAGUUACGGAGAUCCUCGCUCAGAUCCAGAGCAUCAAGCCUGACUUCACCUGGGAAAAUUACAAAUCUGCGACACCUUCGACUGGAGUUUCAAAGUACAAGCGAACUAAGUCUAAGAUCCUUUGCAACAUCCCCAACCACGACCACGGACUACGAUAUGUUCUUUUGUCCGGUUAUGACUUCUUGAUGAAUAUCCACGCCGACUGCCAGAUUGAUGCAGGACCCAAGAAGUGCGCUAUGCUCUAUUGUAUGUUCGGCACCUCAAUUUGGAUGUGCAAUGACAACAGUACUCCUAUCAGUCGAGAUUGCGGCUACAUCGCCACCUAUGUCUUAGAUAUCAUUGGCACCGAAGACUGCCAGGGUCGGGGCAGUAGGGGAGCUACGACUUGGACUCAAGGACAGGAGUUCGACACAGACAACUUCAAUGUCAUUGCCGGUGGCGGUGGCUGUUCGUAA